AUGACCGCGUGCCUGUACUGCGAGCCGGCGUUCACCGCGCUGGUACUCUCGUCACGUGGAGUAUCGGGCCGAGCGCACGCGCCUGCCCGCCGCGCUCACCGACAUGACCGCGUGCCUGUACUGCGAGCCGGCGUUCACCGCGCUGGUACUGUGCCCUCACUAGCUCGUCACGUGGAGUAUCGGGCCGAGCGCACGCGCCUGCCCGCCGCGCUCACCGACAUGACCGCGUGCCUGUACUGCGAGCCGGCGUUCACCGCGCUGGUGGAGAAGCACCGUGCGGUGACGUCACGCGGUGGGGGGGCGCGCGGGCGGGGAGGGAGGGCGCGAAACAACAAACACCGCAACAAGCAGCCCAAGGACAAGAUGGCGCAACUCGCUGCGUACUUCGUGUGA